ACAGACUUUUCAAGAGACUAGGAGAGUGUGGCAUUGGCUUUGGAGAAGAGAAACUAAGAAACAAAGAGGUGUGUUUAGAUGGAUAGAGUUUGCUGGCCCUAUUUCGAUCCCGAGUACGAAAACUUGAACCUUCGCAUAAAUCCUCCAAGGGUAUCUAUAGAUAAUGAGACUUGCAUGGAUUGUACACUGGUUAAGGUGGACAGCAUGAACAAACCAGGCAUACUGCUGGAAGUAGUCCAAGUUCUAACAGAUCUCGAUCUCAUUAUCUCCAAAGCUUACAUCUCUUCCGAUGGUGGAUGGUUUAUGGACGUGUUUCACGUUACCGACCAGCAAGGGAAUAAGGUUACAGAUGCUAGAACCAUUGAACACAUAGAGAAUGCUCUAGGACCAAAGGGUCACACUGUGACAAAUGGGGUGAAGGCUUGGCCAGGGAAGAGGGUGGGUGUGCACUCCAUUGGUGAUCAUACAGCCAUUGAGCUCAUUGGCAGGGAUCGCCCAGGUCUCUUAUCAGAGAUCUCAGCUGUACUCACUAACCUCCACUGCAACGUGGUUGCCGCUGAAGUAUGGACCCAUAACAUGCAUGUAGCAUGCGUUCUUUACAUCAACGAUGACACCACAGGUUGCGCUGUGGAAGACCCAAUCCGAUUGUCAGCAAUGGAGGAGCAGCUCAAGAACAUUGUACGUGGGCGAGAGGAUGAUGGAAAAGCAGCUCGCACCAGUUUCUCUAUGGAUUCCACCCAUAUGGACCGCCGUCUCCACCAAAUGAUGUUUGCUGCAAGGGACUAUGAAGAUGGUGGGGUCACAGAAGAGAAGGCUUAUGCACCUACAUUCCAGCCAGUUAUCACAGUUGACCGGUGUGAGGACAAGGGGUAUUCAAUGGUGAAUGUUCGAUGCAAAGAUCGGCCAAAACUGUUGUUUGACAUUGUGUGUACACUAACAGACAUGCAGUAUGUUGUUUUUCAUGCCUCCAUCUCAUCCAGUGGCCCCUAUGCACUACAGGAGUAUUAUAUACGUCAUAUGGAUGGUUGUAUACUUGAUACUGAAGGAGAGAAGCAAAGGGUUAUCAAGUGUCUUGAAGCUGCAAUUCAACGAAGAGUAUGUGAGGGUCUAAGCUUAGAGCUUUGUGCAAGGGAUAGAGUAGGGUUGCUAUCUGAAGUAACUAGGAUUUUUCGCGAGAAUGGAUUGACUGUUACAAGAGCAGGUGUCACAACAGUUGGGGAGAAAGCCAUGAAUGUCUUCUAUGUAAGUGACGCUUCUGGGAAUCCUGUAGAUAUGAAAACUAUCGAUGCGCUCCGUAAAGAAAUUGGGCACACUAUGAUGCUCGAUGUGAAGAAACUCCCUACAGGCAGUGCCGAGGCACCUGAGUCCACGGGAUGGGGCAAGACAAGCUUCUUCUUUGGGAGUUUGUUUGACCGAUUCUUGGCUUGAAACAGGUCACUUCGCUCACAUAAGACUCCAUUGAAUGUACAAAACAUACUAGUUUUUCAGG